UCUGAUAUAUUCAAGGACACUCUCUAUAAGAUCAAGGCCAUCCCCAACGUCUUGCACGCCUCUCGCCAAUACACGGGGAGGCUGACAUCAUGUCCACCAUCUUCUUUCUCUGCAGCAUGCUGAUGACCGACUUUGGUACCAUCAUAGAUGAACGGUUCACCCUGCAAUUCAUCAGGACACAGGGACACGACCUCGUCAUGAAGACCAUCAAGCAGAACCCUUACAUCGAGAAGCUUGAACAGAGACAGGAGAACGAGACGGACACCAUAGCUGGCUUGUUGCUGCCUCUGAUAUGCAUGCAUGGUAUUGAGGAAGGGAGGGAAUGGCUGCAGAGGAAUCUCAGCAACCUGCAUCUGGUAAAGAUGACGGAUUACCUCCGAUCCGGAUCAACGCUUGAGAGCUUUUUCAACUGCGUCAAAUGUCCGCCUAGGUUCAAGAAGGCCUGGACUUCGUACCUUGAGUUCUUCGACAGCAUGAUGCUGGACAGGAGGGUGGAGAACCAGACCCAUCUGUUGAUGAACGAAGAGAAGGACAAACAGAAGGCUCAGAAGAAGAGGGACAGGAAGAGACUGAGGAGGCAGAAACAGCGAGAGGCGAAGGAGGUGAAUGUCAAUAAGAAUGCCAAUGGAAAACACUCCGACGAGGAGGUCAGCAAAGCUGUAGGAGCGGAGAAAGCCUCAAAGAGGACAGACGAAAACGUUAGGUACGACCAGCAUGUGCUUAUGCCCGACUGGAAUGUGUGUAUCGAGACCGUGAGGGAAAGUGAUGGCAAUGUCAUCCAGACAAGACAUGACCCGAUGCAGUUCAGAUACAACUACGUUGAACCGACACAUACUAAGAAGUCCAAUGGCUACCACAUGCAUCAGGCGGCGCCGCCUUUGAGGACCAACAAGAACGAUAAAACUGAGUGGCAGAAAGUUGAGAACAGACGAGUAGCAGCUGCAAAGACAACAGCCAACAAAAAGGCCCAGAGAGACCAGAAUGUUCAACACUUAAGGAAACCAAAGAAGCAACAAAAUAAAGCCAAUGAUGCUGCUAAACCGACAGUAGCAAAGCCAGCAAAACGAGUCAUGGGCAAUGUGUGUUGGGCUGAUGUUGCUAAGGGUAAAGUUACGUCACAGCACCUGCAGGAACAACAGGAAACCCUGCGGCAGACUGAACAAUAUCGGCUGAAACAGGAACAAAUUGAAGAACGCCAAAAGCACCUGCAGUGUGUUGAACAACAAUGCAGAGACAUGGGCGCUCGUCGUAAGGAGGUUUUCACGUAUGAAGACGAUUUCCCUAACCUACCAGAAGAGGAAGAAACAGAUGUUUCAGGAGCUCAAUCGACUUCAACGGUGUCUUUCCUUGGGGAGGAACAAAUCGAUCUGAUUCCCGAUCCAGCAGUGGAUUUGGACACCAUUGGUAAUGUACCCGUUAAUCAAGCUUAUUUAGAUGAUAACUCUAUAAAUCCGUACAUCCAGAUGCACCAACUUCAACAGCAGCAGCAACAACAAUAUCCACAACAUUUCCCACCUCCACCGCCCCAGUUCAUAUCUCCAUAUCAGGUGAUGGGUCAAAUGCCAGUGCCAACUCAAACGUGGAUGUGUAGGUAUGGACUGAAUCCUGCUUCACGACCACCUCCAGGAUUCCAGCCCCGCUUGAUGCAUCCACAAAUGCGGCCACGGGUGCCCCAGAUGCACCAGCAGUACGGCUUUGGAGUCAACUUUGCUCAAGGACCAGUAUUCCCUGCACCGCAGAUGACAAUGGCUAACAUUGCACAGUCUCUGCUGCAACCUUAUCUCAUUGAAGACAAAGUGGACGGAAAGAAUUGCCAUGGUGUGGAAGUAGAGCAGAAUCCUGGGGAAUGUCAGCUUCAAGAGAAUGAGGAGAUUGACUCUGACAAGAAUGUGACUGCAGAGGACUUUUUGACAGUGAGUCCUGUCUACCACAAUGUAUCUCCCAAUGUUACGGAGAAUAUCUGGACAACAGAACAGCCAGAUAUCUGCUUUCUGGCAACACCUGAAAGACUCAAUGAGACUGGAACACCUGGCUCUAGGCCAAGCACCCCGAACAAAGACACAACGACUUGCAGUAAUGAAGAGGUCGUCAUGCCAGAUCCAGACAAGCAAAGGGAACAGCAAAAUCUUCUUCCAGACAAGUCUCCUGAAGCAUGCCAAAGUCAUGGGUUUCUGGAGCAAGGGAGCCAGCAGGGACUGAGUGAGGAGGACUUCGGCAAAAUAAUCGCACACAUUGCAAGAUGCUUAGCUACAUCUAAAUCCGAAUCUGUCCUCUUUCCAGAGACUCUGAGAGAUGAAUCAGAUACGUCUUCUGCAGCAGGAUCUCUGGCAGCCACGGCCUUUCCUCAGAACCAGGAGGUGUUCCCCGGAUUCCAUGACAUGAAGAGUUCGGUGGCUGGAAACGAGAGUCUGAAUCCAUUUCUGCUUGAGAACAUGGCAAAGGAACAGGUGAAACGUCAGUACAGGACAAUAGCUGGGAAGCCAAUGCUUGAAAACUCAGUCUACUUCCACGACUUUGACUACUACGCUUCUCUCUAUGGAUUAACAACAGAGGAGUUGCGAGUCAACGCCGCACAGUAUGCCAGCGUUAAUAAAAUUCCCGUCGAUGAUGUCAUCAAGAGCAAUGCUGGCCAAGGGGAUGGUAUCAUCAACCCCGAAGAAGGCAUGGCGACUCUAAUGAAUAACGCUACAAAAGGGGAUGAGGUGAGCAGUCACGUGAUUGAGCAGCACACGACCUGUAUCAGCCUGGAGAAGCAUGACCCGGAGGAGGUGGUCCCCGAGGUACAGUGGACGGCCCAGAGCCGCAGGUGGAAGGAUAAACUAGCUGAGCUUAUCGAUCUACCCUACACCAUGAGGAAGCAGAUGGGAAGGAUAGUCAUACCACUCAAUACCGACGACUUCAAGAUUAGCAAGUCGGUUGAAAGCGUGGUGCUGGGCUUCCUGACGGACGGGUGUGAGGUGGGUGUGAGGAUCCUGGAAGCUGAGAGGGAGGUGGUGGCAAAGACCUCAUCAAGAAACUCGCCGCUUCUGACACCAAGUACAACUUCCUGCUCAGAUACAAGGUUGGCGGAGGUUGGGAGUCAGCACUACCUGGCCACCGAGCUGUGCGACUACAGCCUGGAGGAAUACAUCGCCAUCACCCGUCUUGACCACAACCAUGACCCGCUGGCCGCAAACAGACUCGCCUGGCAACUCCUCAAGGGCAUCCGAUACCUCCACGACGACAUCGGCAUUGUCCACGGCAACCUCAGGCCAGACAACAUCUACGUAGACAGCGAGGGCAAGCUGAGGGUGGGCGGUUACGGCAUCAUCAAGAGGGACAAGUUCGGCCACUUCUAUACACGCCCAACAGGGACAAACCUGUGUUGGCAAGCAACCGAGACCUUUGCUGAGGAUGACAACUCCAUGCCAACAACACGGUCGGACGUACAGGUCGUCGGCAUGAUCCUCUACUACAUCCUCACCGGCGGACGACAUCCCUACGGCAGCAACAACUUUGAGAUUGAGCUGAACUUAUGCCAGAACUGUACGGAGCUCGCCUUCAUCAGCGAAGAGGCUAACGACUUGAUAAAUGACAUGCUGUUCUCUGAUGUCUCGGCUAGGCCGUCCGUUGACACCUGUCUCAGGCAUCCAUUCUUCUGGUCAGAAGAGAAGCGGUUCCGGAUGGUGUUGAUCGCUGGCUCGGAUGUGCUGAAGGAGAUGAAGACAGGAAUUGCCCUGACUGGCUCGGGAAGCACCACCAUGACCGACUUCCUGAAUGUGUCAGAAUACCUGGUGAUCAGCGAUGGUUGGAUCAACGUCAUCGACAGCGCCGUCCUGAAGGAGAUGCGAGCGUUCCGUCAGUACAAGAACACCCUGGCUGAGAUGGUGCUAUUUAUCUACAACUGUUGUUUGCAUUUUGACAAGAUGUCACAUGGUGCCCGAGACGUACUUGAUGACCCCUGUCGAUACUUCCUGGCGCGGUUCCCUCCCUUGUUUAUGGCUGUGUACAAAGCCAUUAAGGCCUCCGACAGAACAGAUCGCACUUGCUAUAGACCAUUCUUCUAGAAUCUUCUUUCACUAAUAAUGUAUGUAUAGAUAUUUUGAGAAAUUUUAUAAUCCCGAUAAAAACAUUAGACAGAUUCUUGACCUUCUAUAGGCUCGUUUAUUUUAGAGAAAAAAUACUAUACAAUUACAUAUACACGAUAUACACUAAUACGUUUAAAUAGGUUUUAUAUAUAUUUUCAAUGUGCAUUAUUAUAAUGCUUGUAAUAACGUCUUUCAAUUUCUUGAUAGGAUGUAGGUAUUUUUAUAUAUAUUUAGUCCAUUGGUUUUACAUUAGGCGCAUUUGGUACCUUUGUUUACACCCGUCCAUUGCUAAAUGAAUAUCGUUUGUUGAUUUAUGUCGAUGUUUGUUGCAAUAUUAUAUUUGACACUCGUGAAUAAAGGAUACACUG